AUUUACCAGAAAAUCCUACCCCUUCCCAAAUAGUCAAGUACGAACUUUGCGAAAAAAUUUUGGGUUACCAGGAGGACAAUAAUUUAUCUGAUAAAGAAAUCGCCGAACGAAUUAAUUUAUCUUUACUAAAAACCGAGGAUAUUUUAUUUACCCGUAUCGAAAAAGUAAAUUCUGACGAGUUAAUAAAUGCCGUUAGUAAAUUAUUUUCUUCGGCUGAAAUAAAAGUAAUUGUGGAACAAAAAAAGGAUAAUUCUCAUGUCUGA